CCUGGUCAAGCUCGGCAUCGGCACGCCGCAGCACUUGUUCUCGGCGGCCAUCGACACGGCCACCGACCUCGUCUGGAUGCAGUGCCAGCCCUGCCUCAGCUGCUACCGCCAGCUCGACCCCGUCUUCAACCCCAGGCUUUCGUCCUCCUUCGCCGUCGUGCCGUGCAGCAGCGACACGUGCGGCCAGCUCGACGAGCACAGUUGCCGCUCCGAGGAGGACGACGCGUGCCAGUACACGUACAAGUACAGCGGGAACGGCAUGACCAAGGGCACCCUGGCCAUCGACAAGCUGGCCGUCGGCAGCGACGUGUUCCACGGCGUCGUCUUCGGCUGCAGCGACACCAGCGCCGGGGGCCCCCCGGCGCAGGCGUCCGGGCUCGUCGGCCUCGGCCGCGGGCCGCUCUCGCUGCCGUCCCAGCUCUCCGUGCACCGGUUCAUGUACUGCCUGCCGCCGCCCACGUCCCGGACCCCGGGGAAGCUCGUGCUUGGCGCCGGCGCCGACGCCGUCCUGAACGUGUCGGACCGGGUGACCAUCACCAUGUCGUCCAGCACGCGCUACCCGUCCUACUACUACCUCAACCUCGACGGUAUCGCCGUGGGCGACCAGACCCCGCGCACGCUGGUCAGGACCACCGCGACGCCGCCGCCAGCCACGGACGUCGGCGGCAGCGGCGCGAACGCGUACGGGAUGAUCGUGGACAUCGCGUCGACGAUCUCGUUCCUGGAGGCGUCGCUGUACGAGGAGCUGGCGGACGACCUGGAGCAGGAGAUCAGGCUGCCCCGCGCCACGCCGUCGCGCCGCCUGGGGCUGGACCUCUGCUUCAUCCUGCCGGAGGGGGUGGGGAUGGACAGGGUGUACGUGCCGACGGUGUCGCUGUCGUUCGACGGGCGGUGGCUGGAGCUGGAGAGGGACCGACUGUUUGUGGAGGACGGCCGGAUGAUGUGCCUCAUGGUCGGCAAGACCAGGGGGGUGUCCAUCCUGGGCAACUUCCAGCAGCAGAACAUGCACGUCCUCUACAACCUGCGCCGGGGCAGGAUCACCUUCGCUAAGGGCAGCUGCGAAUCUAUGCAGUGAUUUUAGUGAAAUUGCGCAUUGGUUCCACGUGGAUUCGGACUUAUCGCAUGACCUUGUACUGCGUGCCACGAUUUUAGACCUUUAAUGAAAUUGCACAUCAGGAGAUUAGAGAUACCGGUGAUGGUCUGAAUUAGCCUUUGCCUGAAAUUUCUGAACUACGUAGAAAAGUGCAUCCUUUCAGUUUUCGUCAGCCAGAGGUGAAGAGGAGAUAACAAUGAUCAGGAAAAUGUUCUAGCAUUUCCAGACAGGAUUCUGGUCAAUUUAUGAAAUCUGUUUUUUUUUUCUAACGCCGGUCAGACCUAGAAAAUUUGAAGGACUUUGGAAUUUUAUAUAGCAUAACAAUAGCACAUCAUUUCUUUGGUCCAUUCUUCUUUGGU